AUGUACGAAGGGAUUGACAAGCUGAAAUCCCUUUACGACCGUGCCGGGAAGCCUUUCUCCCGCGGUCCUUCUGCGGCACAGGAUGUGCCGCGUCGUACUGCUCAACCAGACCCGGUACGUCAACCAUCAGUUGGGAGCGGGGCUCCCAAGUAUCCCAGGACGGGGAAAAACCGCACCAACGGACGAGGUAACUCGUCCGACGUCCGUUAA